AUGUGGGCCGCACAAGUCAUCUCCUUCAACAAACCCUACAAGGUCCACGAAAUACCCGUUCCAUCAAACCUCGCACCGCACGACCUCCUCGUCAAAGUCGCCGUCGCCUCCCUCUGCCACACAGACUUCAUGGUCUCUUCAGGCGCAAUGGGCACACCACUUCCCUGCACCGGCUCCCACGAGGGCGCAGGCACCGUCGUAGCGACUGGCACGUCUGUAACGCAGUUCGCAGUCGGCGACCGCGUGAUGGCCGGGAUCUUGUAUGACGCCUGCGGUAUAUGCGCCGAAUGCACAGGAGGACCCCACGCAUCGGCAUGUCCGCAGUACUGCCAGAACACUGGUGGUUUCCUUGGUAUAACGACCCAUGGAUUCUUCGCUCAGUACGCCAAGAUCGAUGCGCGACAAACGGCAAAGGUACCGAGUAACGUUUCUUUUCUUACUGCGGCGCCGCUGGCUUGUGCGGGCGUGACUGUUUAUCGCGGAAUUGUCUUAUCGGCUGUACGGAAAGGGGAGUGGAUUGCCAUUGUAGGUAGUGGAGGCGGUUUGGGCCAUCUCGGAGUGAAGUUUGCAAAAGCCAUGGGAUUGAAUGUCGUUGGGAUUGAUGCGAGGGAUGAGGGGCUGGAACUUACACGGCUGUGUGGUGCGGAUGUUACUAUUGAUGCGAGGACGGGGCUGGAAGAGGUUGUAAAGACCGUGCACGCUUGCACAGGGAAUGAGGGGGUCGAAGCUACCCUGAACGUUAGCGAUGCGAAGGAGGCGGCUGCAUUGGCUUGUGCGGUUACGAAGAUGCAUGGGACGAUGGUUCAGCUUGCGCAGCCGGAUGGCGUGGUUGUUCCGUUCCAUGAACUUAUCUUGAGGGAUAUCAGGGUUAGGGGGUCGGCGGUUGCGAACCUGGAGGAGGCAAGACGUAUGUUGGAGUUGGUUGCUGAGCAUGAGAUUACGGUGGAGACGUGUGCGUUCCAAGGGCUGGCUGGGAUUGCGGAGUUGGUGGAGUUGGCGCGUGGCGGGACAAUGAAGGGGAAGGGUGUAAUCAUUAUGGAUCAGGAGCAGAUUGAGAGGGAGGGCAAUGUUAGAGCCGCGCUGUAG